AUGGAGGUAGCCAUUGGGCGCGCGCGCAGAAAGCCUACCUCCGGCGGCUGCGUAGUAGCUGCAGGAGCCGCAGCCGCCACAUUGACGUCAGUAGGUUCGCAGCGCCGCGAGGAGGAGGUGCUCCCGUGGCUCAUUCCGUGCUCCGGUCCGCCGUCCGUGUUCGGGCGCCUCCGGCCAGCCAUCCGUGCCAUCCGCGCAGCAAACCCGGCGGAGCCCAGAUGGUGGACCCGCGCUGUGCUCAGCUGCGCCUUCCUCCCGGCGCGGAUGCCCCGGCGGCACCGACCUCGCCUCCCGCCUCGGAUCGCCGUCUCGCGCCGGCUGGGCCCUGGCGCCGCACUCGGCCCUUCGCGGCUCUCUCUCGCCGGGCGGAGGGCGGCGAUCGGCCAGGACUUGGAGCCGCUGCCCCGGCCGGACCUGCGCUCGUCCAGCUCUGCCGCCUCCAGCCUCCCACCGUCGGACCUGCUGCGGAGCGUCCAGAGCGGGCCCCGCUUCAAGGGUGAAGGCGACAGGGACGGCUCUGCGGGCCGGAAGGGUGAGGUGGCUCGCCUUUGUCCAGCGGGCCACGAGCAGAGGGUAGGACACAGCACGAAGGCGGCCAGGUUGGCAGGGGCUACGUACAGGCCCUUGAGGAGGCAGCGGCAGCCCGGGGAGAUGCCGAAGUCGGCCGACGGAGGAGGUGCCAGAGCAGCUGCCCCAGCAGAGGCUCAGGAUGAGCAGCGGGAGGAGGAGGAGCAGCAAACAGACUGGGGUCCUGGGGCGCCAGGGGCCGCCUGCCCGAAGGGGAAGCAGCUCUCCUCCACAUGCAGCCAGGACACCAGCAGGGCCGCGGGCCCGAUGACAGCAGCUACAGGGCCACACACGGGUGAUCAGAAGAGGCAGGUUAUCCCGGGUUCCCCCCAUUAUCCUGCUUCCACCCCGUCCCCACUGCCCUCUGGGCUCCGGGCCCUGUGCGGAGGGUCCUGUCCAUCACCAGCACCCGGGGGGUCCCUGUCACGGGAAGGCUCCUGAGCGUCACCUACUCAC